UUUUUAUUUUUUUUUUUCCUCCUUUAUAUAGGGAGGAAUUGGAGUCAUAGAUAUUGGAAGUAACGGUAUCAGAUUUGGUUUAGUAUCAAGUUUGACUCGACACUUACCAGUUGCUUACGAAGAACGUUCUCCAAUAUCAUUAUUCAAGGCACAACAUACUAAUUCAGAAUCUGAUGAACGUACAAACAUUUCUGAAGAAGUUAUUGUCGACGUUGAAAAUACUUUGAAUCGAUUUAAGCAAAUAUCUCAAAGUUAUCAAAUCAAUCUGUCUGAUGUACAUGUAACUGCUACAGAAGCGACCCGUACUGCGCCUAACUCUGAUGACUUUAUCGAAAGAAUAAAAAAGUCUACAGGAUGGGGAGUUGAAAAGUUAGAAAAAGAGAUGGAAGCUAAAAUAUCUGGAAUGGGUGUUGUUGCUACUUAUUAUGGUGUUGAAGGAUUAGUAAUGGAUAUGGGUGGAGGAUCUGUUGAAUUGAAUUAUGUGAUUCACCGACCUCGUGAGGCAAAACAAGAAAUUUCAAUGUCAAUGAAACCAAUUAAUCUUCCUUAUGGAGCCGCGGCUUUAACAAGACGAUUGGAAAAACUUGGUACUCCUAAGGAACGAGAAGGUUUAUUCACAGAAAUUGUAGAGAAUUUGAAAGAAGACUUCAAAAAGUUAAACGCACCGGAUAAUCUUAAGGGAAAAGACGGUUCUUUUACUAUUUAUAUGAAUGGAGGUGGAUUUAAAUCUUUGGGAUAUCUAAGCAUGUCAGAAACCGAAUUUACAAACAAACACACAAAUCAAAAAUCUGGUUAUCCUAUUCCCAUAAUCAAUGGUUAUAGUACAUCUGCAGAAGAACUUCUUAAAAUUGCUAAAAGAAUCGCUCCAAGUCAUGAUGCUAACGUUGCUGAACCUUCAGAAGUUAAGGAUCCUUUCCCAAAUGGCAAUCCUUUCCGUGUUAGUAAAAGACGUGCAAAACUUCUUCCCGCAAGUGCUUUUCUUUUUGAAGCAAUUAUGGAAGUAUUCAAAGCUCGAUAUGUUUAUUUUUGUGAAGGUGGUGUUCGACAUGGAUAUUGUUUCAAUAUUCUGCCAAAGUCAGAAUGGUCUGUUGAUCCUCUUGGAUCUUUUAUAAAAUCUCAUCCACUUCAACCUAAAAAUUUGAAAGCAACGCACCACGAACAAUUAUUAAAAAAUAUUAAAAAAGCCAUCCCACCUGUUGCUUACGAAAUUCUUGAUUCGGAUAUUACAAUGUGUAAUAAGCCGAAGAGACUUGAACGUCUUUUACCUAAUUUAAUUUAUCUCGCAUAUUGGUCAAUGCAUUUUGGAAAAGAAGCUCGACCUAUCACAGCAUUUCAGUUAUCACUUGCCGGGGGUCCACUUGCUAAUGCGCCUGGCCUUACGCAUACUGAUAGAGCCAUUAUAGCUUGGUGUUUAAUGUAUCGGUAUCAUGAAGAUGGAAGUGGUUCUAAAAGUGGUGGUGUUGAAAAAGAUGUAAGCAUGAUGGCACCUAUUAUAUUUGAUAGCGUGAAAAAAUUGAUUCCGGGUGGAAAAGACGGAAGAAAAAUUUGUGAAAUUGUUGGAAAAUUAAUUGGGUUUGCUAUAUUGUGCUACCCAGUUAAUGUUUUUGAUAAAUCGGGCAUAUUAAAUAUAUUUAAAUCUGAUCCAAAAAAUACGGAAGAACAACUGAAUAUAUUUGAAUCGAAUGAAGAAGAAGAUGAUUUUGUCGAAGAAUGUGUUAUUGAUGAUAAAGUCACACCUAUUAAGAAAACAAAGAAGAAACACACUAUAUUACUAACUUUAUCGGAUCAGCCUAAAAUUAAUUUUGUUAACAAUUCAAUCAUUAAAGGGGCCAGCGAGAAAUUAGAAAAAAAAUAUACAUUGGGAGGAAAAGAAAAAGAAGGAAAAAAGCAUGCAGCAAAUACAACAGAAAUUCAUAUUCAGAUAAAACAAAAAAUUUUAACUUGAAAUCCAAUCUUAGUUUCUAUUACUAAUUUGUAUAUAAUUUUUUUUUUUUAUGAAUAUAUAAAAUAUUUAUUUAAUUCUUUUUAUAUUUCUUUCGAUCUCUGUUUGCGUUACUUAGAUCAUUAAAAUAAAAUUUGAACCGCUUCUAACAGGUGUGGAAUUGAUUAAAGUUAUCAUUCCACGUAUUAUGAAGCGAAUAUUAAAAGAAAGCGAGAUGUCCUUUUGUAUCACACGCAGGCAGUAUUUAUUCAGAAUUUUGAGUGAUUCUGUUACCGACAAAGGGAUACAUACUUUUUUAAAUAAAUAAAUUGACCCAUGCUUAGUGGAAAUUUUUAUUUAAAAAUAUAAUGUAAAAGAUUAUACGAAUACAGUAUUUAUUAAAUGAAAGCAAUAAAUUAAAUAAUUAAAUGUAAAAAUAAUGCAAG